AUUCUCGCUGUUUCGUGUUUCCGCCGCUGAAGCACCGCCUCAGAGGCUCCCAAAACCGUUCCCAGACAGCCAUUUUGGCUCAAGACCGCACAAGUCACACCAAGUUAUUUGCAGUACUGCGCACAUACGUGAUAAGGUGAGCCCAUGGUGUUCAAGGCUAUCUUCCACCUUCUACUAUUUGCUAACGUCGCCCUGCCACUGCAGGCUUUGACGCUGGAGAGUGCCGCAGAUGAGGCACUGCUCAGGCGUGCUGGUCAUGGCGCCGCAGCGGAAGAAGCUGGCAGUCGCAGUGGCAUGGUAGACCUCCAGCACCUCAUGGUCCAACACGCCGCGUCAGAGACCGAGCUCCAUGCCCGUGCGGCCGAGACGUGGCGCAAGUAUGCUAGCCAGCUGGCCAAUAGUGGUUGCGGCUAUAAAGGCGGUUUGCUGCCUUGCCCCAAUGGCAACAUCUGCUAUUACACAGGGCAUGGAGGUUUGAACGUGACGGCCACAGUGGAGUAUCGUGGGAAUAUCAUCAAGACAGUCUUAACCCCCGACCCAGAUGCUGCAGUUGACAUGCCAGAAAUCGUGACGUUUAUGGGGGCUAACACCGACGAUGCUCCUGCAAUGUUGAUGGACGUACCUGCAGAAUACCGCAGAACAGCGAACCCUGUGAUGCUGAAGAUGUUCUUCGUAGAAGACACUGAUAACGUUACUGAGCAGUGCCCUCAUGACAGUGAGCGCGUGGAGUCCGUGGGGAACAGCACCGCGUCGUACAAGGCUGAGAACACCACGUUCGCAAUUUCAGCGCAAAGCCCAGACACGUUCUUGGGCAUGGAGUUCGAUUUCGUCAGCGAGGCACCUGUGGGUCACACCCUGGCCUUCGAGAUCCCUUCCGGGACGGAGAUCGUCUGGGUGAGCCGUGAAGAGAUGGUCGAGGUGCUCAAAACGCAGGAGAUGCCGGCUUCCCUACAGAGGCGCUUGGAUGCGCAGUUACGCAAAGCUUCUUUGGCCAAGGGGAUGGAUGUCGCGCUCACGCAGAAAUCAACCAGGCGGCGCAGGCGGCGGUUCAGGCUUGCGUGCACAGGUGAACAGAUUGGGCUCAUGGCAGGAGGUGCCGCCGCCAUGGCCAUCGGCUUUUUGGUCUGCGCGUUUACUGUCAUAGGCUGCUUCACGGCGUCGCCGUUCUUGGUUACUAUCGGGGGUACAAUCGUGCUUAACGGUGCUUGCUCAUGUUGGGCCAACGAUAAUACUGGGCGGACUUCCUGUGCGUUGCGGUGAGGGCGGUGAGGGUUGCGAGGGUGCUGCAGCGGUCUCCAAUUUCUGCUCCAAUUGCAGUUGGCAGGCUGGCUUGCGAUUAUGUGGUGCAUGGACGCCUCCCUGGCCACGCCGGGAGGGUGUCCACACCGCUCCUCGGCACAGGAUGGGCCUUGCCAGAGACAGAGGAUGUGUGUAGAGCUUGUCGCCCUGUGCAGGGCGGCGGGGCCUGUACCCAGACCAUGUCCUGGGAAGUCUUCGUCAGAACGAGCAAAGGGCUGGCCAUCGAGCCCGCUGAUGGGGCGUGGCCAGAGACAGUGGACGUGUAUAAACUUUGCCACCUGCAGAUAGCAGGGGGGCACCGUUGAGGCUCGUAAUGCAGACAGUGGCAUACACCCGCAUGUAGCAGGGGGGGCCAUGUCCGUUCGCACCGCAGCAGACAGUGCCUGUUGCAUUUUGUGCCUACUAAAAAAUUACUCCGACGGAAAAACCCCACAUAAGAAUCCUCUGGGCGAAUCUGGAAAAAACCAUCACCGUCGUCCUUGUGGUUGGUGAGGCGUCCUGGCUGUCUCUUCUGCGUAUAUUUCCUCUCGCCUUGGCGCGGGCCCCCCUUCCACUCCUUACGUUGUCCCCAUCCUCGCCCCCCUGUUUGUUCCGCGCCCCGCCACCUCCUCCCCUUCCUGUUGCAUGAGCGCGCAUGUCGAUGUUCCUCGGCGCCGUCGCCGCCACGGCCAGCACAGGCGCGUUCUCUACUGGUCACGUCGCGCAGCCGUUGGGACAACCCCGCGGGCCAGGCUGUCGGGACAACCCCGCGAGCCGUUGGCGCGCAAGACCAAGCCGUUGGGACAACCCCGCGGGCUUCGAGCGAGGCGCAGCCGCGCUCAGGCGGAAGGCAGCACGAAGCCCAGCUCUGCCGCGAGCUGCUUCGCCUCCGCCCUGGACAAAACCGCU